UUAGACAUUAGCUGAAGCAGUAGCAUUUCUCGUUUAUGUUGCCAUAAUGUAUGACUGAAUCCUGUUACUUCAGCGACCCAGUUAAAACUGAUUUAAAAAUGGAUUGGAGCAUAACAUGUAUCCUGUGGUAUUUCAUACCAUUUUAUUUACUCGUUCACUUCGUGUGUUUUGUUUUUGCAGAUGCAGAUUUCACUCUGCUGUCGUCGUGUCUGAUAGGACACAAACCAGAAACCAAGCUGAAAGGCUUGGUGGUGUGGGUCACUGGAGCCUCCAGUGGAAUUGGAGAAGAGCUCGCCUAUCAGCUGGCGAAGUGUGGCUCACGUCUCAUCCUGUCUGCUCGCCGCGAGGAGGAACUGAAGAGAGUAAAACGUCAUUGUUUAGAGAAUUCCAACCUUAAGGACGAGGAUAUUCUUGUUCUUCCGCUUGAUUUGCUUGAGAGGACAUCACAUGAGGAAAAAACAAACACUGUGAUUCAGUACUUUGGGCAUAUUGAUGUCCUGAUUAAUAACGGUGGUCGAAGUCAGCGCUCUCUGUUCUUGGAGACCAGUGUCGAGGUGUACGAGGCACUGAUGGAGCUCAACUUCCUUGGUACGGUCUCCAUGACCAAACAGGUGCUCCCGCAUAUGACACAGAGGGGCAGAGGGAGUAUUGUGACGGUCAGCAGUGCAGUUGGCCUCAUUGGGGCACCCCUGUCAACGGGAUACUCUGCAAGCAAGCAUGCUCUUCAGGGUUUCUUCAAUUCCCUUCGAGCUGAGCUGACAGACUUUCCAAAAAUACUCAUAAGCACAGUGUGUCCAGGGCCGGUUCAGUCUCUGAUUGUCCACAAUGCCUUCACAGAGGACCUGAACAAGCCGAUGGCCAUAGUCGGCAGCCAGGGCUACAAGAUGCCGACGAGUCGCUGUGUGCGUUUAAUGCUGGUGGGAAUGGCCAACGGUGUGAAGGAAAUGUGGAUUGCUCAGCAGCCCUUCCUCCUGAUUUACUACUUGUGGCAGUAUGCACCCACGUUUGCUUGGGUCAUCACAGACCUGAUAGGCAGGAAACGGGUGCAAAACUUUAAAUCUGGUGUGGAUGCAGACUCUGCAUACUUCACGAAACCAAAGACCUCCUGAAAGUUUCUUAAAAAAUCUUUGAUUGCAUUCCCAGCUUUAAAUGUUUUCUACUUUUUGGACAGAAAGAUUUAAGAGUGAAUGAGAACUUGUUUGCAAUCUGUGCAAUAUUUCCAUCUCAAAUGUAAAUUAACUUUUCUUUAAUCCAAAUUUUUACUUCUUAUGCUCAACUUUUAAUUGCACGCAAGGACUGCAAGACUAUAUGUACAAAAAUCAUGCUUUUGUACUGACCUUUUGCAUAAUAAAAUUUAAUUUUGAUCAGUU